CUGAUUGUGCAGAGCAGCCAUUGUCAAACAAAAACUGUAAAUAUAUUUAACCUGAUUGUAUUUGUAUGUGUAUGACCGCUGCCUAUAAUCCCUAGAAUCUCUUCUUCUUCUUCCUUCAGCUCCUCUGGAUGUUACUCGGUUUCUGUCAGGACCAAAAGCUUGAAGCUCCUAAAGCCUCACUCUGUGUCGGUUGACACGAAGAUUUCGGUGACAUUUUCAUCUCCAUUUGACUAAACUCUUACUCAUCAAAUUGAUAUAAUAAUCCGUCUCCCGUUUCGCGUCUCUGCCCGUUCUUCUGGUUCCACUGCCCCUCAACGAUCUUGACAAUCCUAUUCGAACCGGUUUAACUUGUGUUUUGAUCACAUGGGUCUCUCUAGUCUACCAGCUCCAUCGGAAGGUGUUCUAUGUGUGCUUUUAGUAAACACUGCCUUAUCAGUCUCCAUUAUCAAAGGGAUAAUCCGAUCAGUCCUGCAAUUAGUUGGUAUCCGUCUCUCAUCAUCUUCUCCACCGUUAGCAGACUCCUCUGAAAACCGCUCAGAAUCAUUUGAGUUUCAUGUCAGUCCCUCGGCUAGUUACAUCGAGGAGAUCAGGAGCAGUAUCCCAGCAAUUCGGUUCGAAUCUGUGUGUAGCUUCAAGCAGCAGGAACACGAAUGCUCAGUCUGCCUGACCGAGUUUGAACCUGAAUCGAAGAUCAACCACUUGUCCUGCGGCCAUAUUUUCCAUCAAAAUUGCUUAGAGAAGUGGUUGAAUUACUGGAACGUUACAUGCCCUCUUUGUAGGACUCCUUUCAUGCCCGAGGAGGACGCACCCUGCUUCUGGUGAAGGGUUUACAAAGCAAGAAAAUCGCGAUGAAUGUCAUGUACAGCGUUUAAUGUACAGGUACUUUACAAGAAUGUAUCGCCUGCCAUAGUGUUGUUAUACUAUGUUACGUGCGAGUUAAAACCGUGAUAAUAUGUCGAUCAGUCUCAGAGACCAACAUUUUUACUAAUGUACAUAUUAUCAAGUUUACAUAUCUACUUUCGCCUUUGAGUUGUGUUUAUCGAAUGUUCGAGUUUUACUUGUGUCA